GCCCACACGAGCCCGCACGAACCCACUCGACGACCACCGAGACAGAAACACAAUAUUUCUCCUGUAACUAAAACUUCCUGGAAUCAGCGAUGGCGAUGGACGGCUUAGAAAUGAACGGAGAUGCCGACCAUAACGGAGACACGGAGGUUCCACUGCGCGGUCCUACGAGGCAGCGGACGAGGCCAUUAAACAUGAACCACUACGCCAACAAGAAGAGCAUUGCAGAGAGCAUGCUGGACGUGGCUCUGCUGAUGGCCAACGCGUCGCAGCUGAAGGCCGUGAUGGAACAAGGGCCUAGCUUCUCCUUCUACGUGCCGGUCAUCGUCCUCAUCAGCGUCUCCCUCAUCCUGCAAGUCCUGGUUGGGAUUCUGCUCAUUUUCAUCGUCAAGUGGAACCUGAACGACCAGCGCAUGCACAACAGGCUGAACAUCAUGGAGAACGCCACCACCGCCUUCGUGUUCGUCAUCGUGGUGGUCAACGUCUUCAUCACGGCCUUCGGCGUGCAGCGGCCCAACACCAGCCAGUGACCUCUGAACUCUUUGCUCACGGGGGUGAGAUAGUCCCUCGCCCCGCAAACAAAGCGGACUAAAUACACGAGCGGUUGCUGGAAUUUGACCUCGCUGGCCCGAGCAGAGCAAACGUACUUCAAGGAUCACACGUCUUCCUCUCUAGCGGCGGUCAGUAUGGUUUUUCUUUUUUAACCUUUUGAUGCUCAUUUCAUGCUCAGGUGACUGUUCCGCAACAACUGCCUUCUUUAUCGUACACAUGUGCAGUAAAAACUCUUCUUAUUGUUUAUCACAAGCCAGUAAAUCAACAGCUUUGGUUCUUAUUGGCCAAAUACAGUGGAACCCGCUUAUAUCGACUAUAAAGUGCCUGCUUAAGUCAACAUACAUGGUGAACAGCUUUUGUGUGAGGUUAUUAUUAUCAUCAUUAUUAUUAUUAAUAUUACUUUGAAAAACUGGUUUAUUUGUGUUCUCUGUCAUGGCCUGAGGGGUCUGUAUCGCUUUUUCCUUGCACUUAGCGACAUUGAGUAGGGUGGCAGAAACAAAAUACUACAAAUGUGCUGACUUGCUUUACGGCAGGGGUGUCAAAGUCAAUGAAUGAUCUAUGGCCCCCGGGAUGAUAUUUGAUUAGCAGGCCACAGCCGCCUGCUGCUGUUUUGCACGCACCAAUACUCCAUCAAUGUUGGCGCCAGGAAUUUUAACAAUGGGGUCCCAGGGACCCCAUCAAGUCAUAAAAAUGGGGUCCCACAGUAACUUUUUGGGGUCCCACUUUUUUGUAAGUGUUUUGAAAACAAAUGAUAAAUAUGCAUUAUCCUGUUAUAUCUUACAUUCUAUAUUGUGUUUUGGAAAAAAGUUGUGCUAAACGUUAAUUACUUUAAAAAAAAAAAUACAAAAGAAAACACAUUUUUAUGCAUAUGUAAAUGUAUUCAGUUAUAAACAUUCAUUCACUUUCUUCUUUCCUUAAUGGAUCUAAACUUUACCACUGCCGGUAUUUUUUUCUAUAUUUUUAUUGUAAUAUUUUCAGAAUGUGUUUGUUCUAUUUUUUUCCUGGCGAACGUCUGCGUGCCGCCAGAAAACAAGAAGAACGCCUACCUGCAAUUGCUGCUAUCAUGGCCGAAGCUCCAAAACAACCAAAGAAACAAAAAGUUUUGUCUUAGGAGACAAAAAAGGAAAAACGGAAUGAAAAGUCAGGAUCAACAUUGCCCCGGCUUUUACUCGCUGGCGGGAGCUCAAAGAUGAGGAAUUUCAGACCGAUGCUGCCUCGGCUCUGUUCCUGCUGGACUAGUGACUUUCAAUGCUCAAAUAAAAAAAAAUAAUGAUAAUUUUAGCAAUCAGAAAUGUGCGAAGUAGCUAUAAAUACCCACCAGUGUGAUAGUUUCACUAAUACUUCCUUCACAAAAAAUGUCCCGCUGGUGUUGGGACCGGCAUCUGCUCCGAUUCUUGGUAGUAGCGUCAUGUUUGAAGAGCAAUCCAAGAUCAUUUCUUGAUAGUGUCUGCUAUAACAUCAGCAUAGCCAUUAGAGACGUAAUAUUAGUGUCAAUAUCAUGGUGGACAUCAUGUCAGUAUGACUCUAUAUGGGAAGGGAAAUGUGGUCUUCUUCUGGCAAAACACGACCGCUUUGGUCCACUGGUGGUGCCAAAAUCUACCAAAACCGUAAGUUCCUAAAUAGGGCUUUAAAAUGUGCACGUGGUGACUUCCUGUUCAGUGCAAAUUAAGCUUCAAAAUAAAGCAUGAACCUGAAUUCUACCACAACUAACAAAAUGCACCCAUUCAAUUUUAGUACGGCUAUAAAAUGAUUAACUCGGGGGAAAAAACAUGUGAUUAAUCACACUUGAAUAAUGGUGAUUAAGCUCAGUUACUUACAUAAUUGAAAUUAAAUUUAAAAAGAGCCUAAGAUUUUUGACACAAAUGCAGUUUUAUUACCAGAAUGUUGCAGUAACUUUUAAAAAAAUGUCUUGCUUAAAUGCACGUCAUAUAUUUGUUCAAAAUAAAUUGAAUGAUUAAUUUGCAUUUAUACGUGAUUAAUGCGAUAUUUUUGGUGAUUACCGUAAUCACAAGCGUUAACUUGAACACUUUUAACUUAUUUAGGCGGAAGUCAUCGGGCGAGAUAAGCGGGUUGCAUUGUAAACAAUUCAACAAAACACUUUUUUGAAAAGCAACAACCAAAAGUUGAAUAAAAAGUUAAAAUAAAAAUAUGCUUUGUCACCUUUAACGCAAAGCUGACAGGCAGGCUGUUUUUUUUCUUGAAAUAUUUGUAGUUUCUUACUUUUAACAUAUUAUUUACAUGGGUUUGAACCCUUUGAUGCAUAAUGUCCACAACAGUGUAUUUAAUAGCUGCCCCUCCUUCAUGCACGAGACUUUAAUGUCAAAAAUCUGACAAACUUUUCGAACAUGUUGAAAAGAGAAACUGGAAAUGGUGACGUAUCAUGUAGUAAUUGUGUGCAUGUUGGAAAUGAACUCCAACUCAACUCAACUCAACAGUGGACACUGUUGUGUCUUGCAAUAAUAACACACUGCCACCCAUUGGUCAGCUGUUACACGUGCAAAAUAAAAACCCUCCAAAACAAGAUGGACGACAGAGAAGUUAAGAAGGGGGGAGGACGAUCUUUUCCACUCCUUCUAUUCCAGGACACUUUGCAAGUAUCAAAUAUGCAGACAUCAACUAAAGAGUAAUAUCAUUUUAUUUUUUAAUAAAUUAUGUUUCCACUAAUAUAUAUAUAUAUAUGUUCACUGCCAUGUUUAAUAUUAUUGCACUUUGUGGUUUUUGAAAGUACUUCAGCAACUUUUUGGCUGCAUUACAUGAAUUUAUGUUAUUAGAAUGUACAUUUAGCCUUCAGUAGAAAGAGGCAAUUCAAUAAAUGUAUUGUUGAAGUCAAGAGGAUCGAUGUUUUUGCAAUACGUUGAAAUAUUUGAACACACUGUUAAAGGUCAUUAAAAAGACAUUGUGUUUUGUUGCAUGUAAUAAAACAUGUUGUCCACCCUUGUGAACAUUUGACCAUCUUUUUUUUUAAUUAAGUGUAUCUACUGUAAGUUUUUAUGCCUCUGACGUAGGGUAUGAUAAUUCAUGCAUCACAGGGUUUUAUAUUAAAAUGAUUUUGAAUCUCCCCUGCUGUGAAGUUUGGACACCUGUAAACUAUGAAGUCAUGAGUAUUACAUCAAACGCCAUCCAUGCAGGUUUUGCCUUAUGGCAAACUAAAGAACAACAAAUGCACUUUGCCUUUCUCUUCACAAAGCUUGAUCAACAUUUUAAGCAUCUUCCCAGUUACAUGAUUUCUUCUGUACUAUGCAACCACUACUGUACAUUUGUGUUACGUGUCUUCUGUUCAACCACUUGGAUUAUUUGCUUACUUUUUUAUAAGGAUUCAUAUCUCUUUGGGAUUUCUACUAUAUGACAUAUUCCACACUGUGACAACUGUUUUAAAUUAAAAUACAAUCCAAACAUCAGAUGAGUGUUGUGAUUAUGUUUAUUGUUAUAAUAUAGCACUU